AUGCUCCAGAAGAGCUUUGCCGACACUCUGAUCAGCAUGCUGAAUAACAUCAAAUGCUUCGGGCCAGCCGAGGCCACCCAGCUCGUCGACGCUUUGAGGGGUGAGCCGCACGGCGCAGAUCACACCGAACGAAUCAUGUUUAUCAUCGGCGCCAAGGUCGCCAAGAGCAGCGGCUCCAUCAAGCCCGAGGGCUCUAACAACAAGCAGUUGCUUAAGGAGUGGUGGUCGUACUUAACAAAAUCGGACUGGGAAGUGAUCAACGACCCCAAGAUUUCGCUGAACCGCAAGAUGACGACAAUGGUCGAAUAUUCGCUAUUCGAGCUCCCGCCCGACAUCUUCCAGGCCGCCUACCCGGGCGAUGAUCAGCCGAGCAAGAUUGAGCUCAAGGGCAUAAAUGCAGUCGGUGACAAGAUCUCGCUGCGCUCCACCAGAGGGGCCCUCGUUCCAUCACCGAACGACCCGUACGAGAUGGGAUUGUUUUACGAGUGCCAGCAAAAGUUGCUUGACCACCGCAAGAAGCGCAAAGCCAAGGCGCAGGAAGACACGAAGGCGAAAACCUUAGCUAAGAAGGGAGCUGCUGACGCAGCAAAGGAAGCCACGACACUGGAGGUCAAGGCUGAUGCGCCACCACGGAAACGCCCAGCAGCAGCCGCUGCUGCCGUCAAGCACGUGAAGGCUGCGAAGGUCGAGCUUGCCGCGGCUGCAAAGGGUGGGGGUAAGUCCAAGGAUGCCGACUUGAAGCCGAUCCCGAAGUCUAAAAUCAUGGGCGCCAUGCCGUCGUUGCCAAAGGAUGGUUCGAACCCCCCGCCAGUGGCCUACAAGCAGGGAGUCAUCUACACUAGCGUCAAGGUCAGGCGCUUCCGUGCCUUCAGGUAUCUGGAACGCAUGUCGCUGACCUUGCCCAAUGGUGAAUUUGUGUUGUUGCAGCAAGCAUUCGGCUUAACGUUUGCUAAGCGGGGCUUGCUGCUCGAUAGGGCGUUGGACAGGCUGGUCAACCCAACAGAGGUGUUUAUGCAUGACUAUAUGCACGCGCUCUUCGUCGACGGUGUCGUGAAUCUGGUGAUUUACCUUACGUUCGAAGCCUUCAUAUCUGCCGGGCUUAACGGCGUGUGGGAGUCAUUCUCGGAGUUCUUGGCAACUUGGGCGUUUCCUGGCCUCCACGCUCGGCUCCCCUCGGCAGCCUCCCUGUCUCGCACCUGUGGUCCGGCGAGCCCACAGAUGUCGGAGAAGGUGGAGGAGUUGGGCGCUCUGCAGCUCAUGGCGCUGGAGACCUUCGUCGAGAAUAUGGAGGCGGACCCGUCGAUCAUCCACAAGCCAGAUCUGCAGUUUUUCAAGGACUUCUUGAUCAAGAUUGGCGCCACGCUGCCGACCAAGCCGUUCGGGGAUGCAGCGGCAGAGGAAGAAGAUGAGGAGGACGGAGAGGAGGACGUGCCCGACGAGGCCGACCCGCUGCGGCUCCCAGACGACAAGCCGCCGUUCCCCCCCGUCAUCCCCAGCGAGCAGGUGGAGCUCACCGACGAUCAGAUGGACGCUCAGCACGCGGCAAAGGAGGCGGCAAUGGAGGCGCUGGAUGCAAACGACUUGGAGAAGGCGCUGGAGAAGUACGUGGAGUACAUGAAGUUCGGCAACCCCACAGCCAUGAUAUACGCAAAACGCGCGGAGAUCCUGCUGAAGCUGAAGCGACCGAACGCGUGCAUCGCCGACUGCACGGCUGCUAUCGAAAUCAACCCAGACAGCGGCAAGGCGUAUCGGAUCCGGGGGAGAGCUCACCGCGGCUUGUGCAAUUGGGAGCAGGCUCACAAAGACCUCGCCCUUGGGCAGCAGCUUGACUACGACGACGACGCCGCCGAGAUACAGAAGAUAGUGGACGCAAAAUGGCAGAGGAUCCAGAAGAAGCGAAAGCGGCAGGAGAAGGCUGGCGCCGCCAAGCGGCAGAAGGAGGCGUCUGUUCCAGAAGCUGCCCCGCCUGCAGCCGCGAAUAUCAACGCAGAUUAG